CUUUAAUAUAUGUACAAGUGCAAAGAGCAAGUUUCAGUUUCGUUUUGAGUAAAGAGGAACGUCAGUCUCCUGCCAGGAUCCUGUGAGAGAAGUCACUGAACAAGAACAGUCAGAUACAAAAAACAGAGACACAAGAAAAUCUGCAAUGGAUAUGGAUGAAAUGAAAGAUUAUAUUAUGAAUUUCAGCCUUAAUGACUGUGAACCUCAUGGCAACCAGGGCUAUAAGCGAGUGCUCCUGCAGCUGUUCGGUUAUUUAGGUCACGGCAAGUCGUCCUUUAUCAACACCUGUAAGUACGUCCUGGAGGAUGGAAAGUUUAAAGUGCACGCAGAUGUCGCUAGUUCCGAUGGUGGGAAGACCACGCGCAGAAUAUCAUACCCACUCACAAGCAACAUCACCUUGGUCGAUAACAGAGGGUGCGCUUCGAUGAGCGAUCAAGAGACUGGGGAAAUCUAUGCUCAGCUCGGAAAUCUGCUGCCCCUGGACGAGGAGGUGCUAUGGCAAACAGGGUAUCAGGGUAUAAUGAAGCGACUAGUGCAAGCUGAUAAGGAUGCCAAUUACACCGAUUUUGUUGUUCCAAUUUUUGUAUACAGUGUUAAGAAAGGUAUCUCACAUGAAGAAGUGCCUGAUAUAAAGAUACUACUGGAUAAUGCCAAGGAACUGACCGGGAUUAAUCCCACUGUGGUUCUCACGUUUAAGUCACAAGGAAAUCUGACUAAUGUUGAAAAACAAUUUAGAAGAAUUGGAAGUGAUAACAUAUUCAAACUUGAAAACUUUACUCAAACUGAUAAUCUAAAAAUCCGAUCAAGACAUGAAGCAGUUCUUAACUUCCUGCAGGAAGUUCUGAAGGACGUGGAGUUUCGCAUGAGUCUUAAGAGGAACCCUAAAGAUGAGAGAGCAGACCGCAAGGAAUUUGUGCUGGGUUUUGCACAUGAAACAGACGUGAAGGAAAAAAAUCGAACAAAGGAAGAGGAGCUGGCAAAGAAAAGCGCACUAGCAAUGAGACUUCAAAGAGAAAAUGAAAGAAAAGAAGAAGAAUUAAGAAGAAAAGAGGAUGAGUUGAGAAAAGCACAAGAAACGUCCUGCACUAUUCAAUAAAGAUCUUGUACGGAUAAAAGGAUGUAGGGAUGAACAAAGCUUGUAGUUUAUAUUUUGUCUUACAAACUACUAAGGGCCAGAUUAGAAGUGGAGCGGUAUUGAUUGAUCCUUUUUGCGCGCUAACAAGUAAACUUUUUGCGCAUGUUAGGGAAGCACUCGUAUUACAAGUGGAAAUUCAAAAGUUACAGCUCACACGCUAACGCAACGUGCAAAAUACCCUAAUUUAGUAUAUCGCGCUCACGUUCACGUAUUCCCCCAUUUAAUUCAAUGGAGAAAAAAGUAGAAAAACACACUACUCGCAUGCAAACCCAAUUGCAUUUUCUUAAUUGCGCUAAACCUACAUGAAAAUAUGAAUAUUUCACAUUCCAGUUGUAUUCACAUAGCAGAAUAUGUUCUUUUUAUUCAUAAGUACAUAUUUUUACAUAUAUCUAAUGGUAUUUUGGUAAAAUAUAAAUCUAUACCUAUAUAUCUAUAUGAUAUAUAUGGAGGAAUAGAUAUAUACAGAUAUAUAUAUAGAAAUAUCUAUUUCUAAAUACAUAGAACAUAUUCUGCUUUGUGCGGAACAUUGGAAUGUGAAAUAUUUACAGUAAAUAUGCAGUAUAACAUUUUAUUAAAUAGGAAUAUUACUUCUAAAUGAUUUCACGUUUUCCUCUACUUGACUGGAAAGGGCUUCAGUGCACUUAUAAAUAUAUGUAUACAUAUGUAUUUAUGUGUUUAUGUAUGUAUAUAUCUCUGUAGAUAAAUAUAUAUGUUUACAUAUGUAUUUAUGUGUUUAUAUAUGUCUGUAAAUAAAUAUAUAUAUAUACAUACAAAUGCAUAUUUAGACAUCUAUAUUUAUGUAUCUGUAUGUUAAAGCUCUUAGCAGUCCUUUAGAUCUUCGAGCCCUUUUAACUUUUUUGUGCAAUUUUUUUUUAAAUACUUUUCAUUAGAUAGUGUUAUUAUGAAAGUAACUGUAAUUUCCAUGUAAUUUUGAUGCGUUUUGUGACACGCUUUUUGUUUUGUGAAACAGUUAAACAGAGCUCUGAGGAUGCGCUAGCCCGAUGCGCGUUAAACUCAAUUCUGUUCAAGUGAUCGCAUUUACUUUAAACUUGUAAUACGAGCACUGCAUCUAAUGCGUGCAAACAGCCGUGACAAACCCCUUAUCGCUCGCACGUAACUGUUAGCGCGACAAUCGUAAUCUGGCCCGAAAUAUUUAAAAACAUGGAACAUGCUGUAUCUUUUUAAAAAUGAUGUUUCUAAUAAAAAUGGCACAAUGUGUGACUACCAUCCUAUGGGUGACAAUCA